AUGUCAACCAAAGCGUCGGCCAGCAAACCACAUCUCUUCGACCGACUCAUUCUUGCCACCAAGGCCUUUCUGGAUCGAAAGAUUGAUGAACGUCAACUUCGCGAGACUGUUCACGAUAUCAGCGAGGCCAAUUUACCAUACAAGAUUGUUCCGUUGUCCUCAUUGACCCGCAAAGAAAUCUUGAAAGCCUUCAACCUCAAAGUUGACACACGGGACAAUGAACUUGAGAACGUCAUGCCUAUGCCAAUCCCUAAGCAUUUAGCUCAAACACUGGCACUGAUUGAUAGCGCGCCUAGCCGCUCCCCUACUACCGAGGCUAUUAAGCUUAAGGGUAAAAGGGUGUACCUCGGAGCCCGGCUAGACUACGGGAUCUGGUACGGGGAAGACGAGACUUUAUGCCUCAACGUACUGAUUGUCGAAGCAAAAAGGUCGGACAUUGAGCUCGGGGCUACCCAAGCUUUAGGCUAUAUGGCAACUAUCCACAAUGAGUGUAAGAAGAGCUCUAAGCGGGAUGCUACAGUCUAUGGGAUGACUUCAAGCAGCGAGAUGUUUUCGUUCUUGAAGAUCUCUCACGACUCUAAGUGGUUGUGUCGCGUUGUCCUCUCCCUCGAGGGCAAGUAUGAGCAGCCACUUGGCCUUCUGGUCCACAUGUUCCGCCGUGCUGCUCUGUCCUCACCAACCCACUCCAAGCAGGGCUCCGCGCAGACUUAUGAUCAAGAGGACGAUGACACGAUAAACCCUCUAGCUACUGUGAAUGAAGAUCUUGAAAUGGAAGACUAG